AUGUCGGCCGUCCGUCCGAUGGAGCUCCACACGGAGAAGACCCCAUACACGGCUCCGGAGAGGCUCACUCGUGGCCAGAAGGCCAAACGCUGGUUCCGCAAGUACUUCCUCGAAGGUAUCCUCCUCUUUCUGAAAGAAAAUUCAUAAAUCGAAUCGUGAUUCACUUUUCGACAAUGUUUCGAGUGAAUAGAUUCAAAGCAUUUGGUAGUGGGAGAAUAUGAAAAAGUGUGAAAAAGGUCCUUUAUAGAAACUUUUCUAAAAAACUUUUUUUUAAUUUUUCAACACCUUAUCAAUAUUUCUUUUUCAGGCCAACAUUUGGAAGAUGACGCUGCUGAACAACUAGCCAACCUUCCACCAAACCCGUCUUUAGGCGAUCUUCUCUUCAUCAAGUACCGCAAGUUCGUGGCCAUGCUCAUUCCCUUCCUCUUGAUUCACGUAAGUCGUUUUUCUUCCUUUUUCCAAGACACUUCGCAUGUGUUUACAGACAUUUUGGUGGGCCACCGCCAUCAGACACAACUUCUUCCGCUGGUAUCCGGACUACUGGCACAUGCCCCUCACCAUGGUCCUCGGCUCUUUCGUCGGAGGUUCGUUGGAAACUAUUCAAACGUCACUCAACCCAACGACUCUCAGGUAUGACUUCCGAGGGUUCUGGAGCCGUCGCCUUUCCCGUGAUGACGUUGGCUUUGCACAUUGCUCCUGGAAUCGCUCGCGAUUUUUCCCUCAUGAUUCAAUCUAUCGGUUUGUUUCAAAAUGCUCCAUUUUUUGAAUGAUUCUGACGUCUUCUGCAGGUAUGACGUCCGCACUGGUGUGCGUCAUUUUCAUGAAGGUCAAGAUAGAACAUCGCGCGGUCAUUCUUGGAACGGCUGGAGCCAUUCCCGGAUUCAUCAUUGGAGUUCACUACGUGAGUCUGUUUUUUCCACUCUGAAAAACGUUUUGGAAAAGAUUUAACCUGCUCAGUCGCUUACAUAUAUGACUAAAACAAACAAAAAAAAAUUGAUUUUUGUUGAUUGAUCAACUUCAGAUUGAUCCGUUGUUCACCGGACCACAGAAGAAAAUGCUGUUCGUCUCUAUUUGGACCGCUUUCGCCUUCGCUUUGGGUAUCCUCAAUUCGCAUAAGAAGCGCUCCACCUUCCGUGACAUUCCCGAGUUUUGCUUCUGGAAAGGAUUCGUCCUCUUCAUAACGGGAGUCGUCGGAGGUAGACUUGAUUCGAAAAAACGUUAAUAGAUGAAUUAAUGUCUUUUCAGGUAUCUUUGACGCGUUCGCCGGCUCUGGAAUCGACAUCUGCAUCUUCUCGUUGAUCACUCUGCUCUUCCGAGUCACGGAAAAGACGGCGACACCAACGACGGUCGUCCUGAAAGGCAUCAACGCCGUCAUCGGCUUCUACUACCGAGCCGUCAUGAUGGGCGACAUUGAUCAGAUGGCGUGGCGCUACUUUGCUCUCUCGAUCCCUGUCUCCUCUUUCACCGGCCCCGUCGGGUCGUUCCUUGGGUCCCAUCUCCAUCGGCAGGUUAGAACUUUUUGGUUCCGAAGCUAUGAUUCAUCCAAUUCUCUUUUUUUCUGAAAAAGAAUUCGCCCCUACCGAGCCAAAGAGACGGACAAUUCAUAAAAAUCUGUUUUAGUGGGUGAAACGAUGGAAUUUCGUUUCAUAAUUUUCUUAAAAGCUCUCAGUGCUUCAAAACUUUUGAGUGAGCACUUGAGUAUAGUCAAAAGUUCACUUUUUAUGAGAAAAUGUCCAGGUGGUCGCUGCUUUCGUCUACAUCUUGGAGGCGAUCGCCCUGACCGGCUUCCUCUUCACGCGACCUUCGUGGCAGCUCAUCGCCGUCGGCGGCUGCAUCAUUCUGGGCGGCUUCGUCUUCUUCUCGGUCCUGUCCAAAUUCGGCGCGAUCCUCAUGGCGCGCAUCGAAGAACGACGUCGCAAAGAGCAACACAACGGCGUCACUCAUUAA